ACCGAAAAAAAAAAAAUCGGAAUUCACCAGAGACAUUCUUGAAUCCUAAACCCUCGGAGACGCUCUCCGGCCUCCGCUCCUCCUGUACUGGCCGCCUCCGCCGCUGCUUCUGCUCCUUCCCCUCACGUUCGCUUCGUAUUUGCUACGUUAGUGGUCGGUGGUGCUCCAUCGUUGCCUGCGCUUCUGCUCGGUCGUCCUAAUCCGCCAUUCGCCCCUCCUUUUGCUCUGCCAUUUCUUCCGCUUCCUCUCUGUCCUUCUCGACUUCUGAGAAUGCGUCAAGAAAUAGAACUUUUAAUUGUUAUGAGCAGGAUGUCUGAGAAUGCAUCAGGUGUUUGAUUAGUUUUCUCUGAGAAGUUCUCGUAACAUUCCUUUCGUUAAUUAGCAUCCUUAUGGACGAACCCUUGCUGCAACGCCUGUCCGAACUCGGCAUUCAACUUGCCCACCGAACUCGUCCGAACAAGGAUUUCAUUGUCAAAUCGCUUCGAGAAGCUGUAAAUGCUUUGUGUAACUUAGAGCAGUCUCCUCAGCCGCAAAACGCUAAAGAAGCGCAGGCUGCUCAGAAACGAGAAUCUGCUUUGAAGCCGCUGGUGGAUGCUCUUUGUCGUGGUCUGCUUCGACAUCCUGAUAAAGAUGUUCGGCUUUUGGUUGCUAUUUGUGUCACGGAAAUUUUUAGAGUCAAAGCACCAGAACCACCUUUUGAAGACAAGUAUUUAAGGGAGGUUUUUAAACUCAUUGUUAAUUCGUUUGCGGAUCUUGCUGAUAUUGCAAGCCCAUACUUCUCAAAGAGGGUUAAACUAUUGGACACUGUGGCUCAAUUAAGGUGUUGUGUGAUAAUGCUGGAGAUUGACUGCGUAGAUUUGGUUCUUGAGAUGUUCAAUAUUUUCUUCUCUGUUGUGAGCGAUGAUAGCCAUGAUAGUUUGAUUUAUUCCAUGUCUUCUAUAAUGCUAAACUUGUUGAAUGAGAGUGAGGAGGCUUCUCAGCAACUGUUGGAAGUGAUUUUGCGAAAUCUUAUAAAGGGGAAAAAGGAUGCAACUUCUGCUGCUUAUCAACUAGCUGCAUCAGUCAUCAAAAGUUGUGCAGAAGAGGAUGCACUGAACUCCCUAGUUUGUAGGUAUCUUAUAUCCUGUAUACAUGCCCGAGAUGCUAUGGUCAGUGAGCUUAAAGAAUCAUAUCAUGAAAUCAUAUUCAAGGUUUUUCAAUGUGCACCUCAAAUGCUAGUUGCUGUCAUCCCAAGCUUAAUUGAGGAAUUGUUGGCUGAUCAGGUUGAUGUUCGGAUAAAAUCUGUUAAUUUGGUUGGCAAGCUUUUUGCACUCUCUGAGCAGCUUGUUGCACAGAAGUAUCACGAUCUUUUUGUGGAGUUUUUGGAAAGAUUUUCUGAUAAAUCUGUGGAUGUAAGGAUUAGUGCUCUACAGUGUUCGAAAGCUAUUUAUGUGGCCAAACCUUAUGGGACAGAAUCAGAUGAAAUUAUCUCAGCUGUUGAAGACCGGUUGCUGGACUUUGAUGACCGAGUGAGAAUGCAGGCAGUUCUUGUUGCCUGUGAUAUUUCCAGGUCAAACCUGAAACUUGUUCCAUCCACACUAAUAUCUCAAGCCACUGAGAGACUUCGGGAUAAAAAGAUAUCCGUCAGAAAGAGGGCCUUGAAGAAGAUGAUUGAAGUGUAUCAAGAUUACUGCACGGAAUGUUGGAAAGGCAGCAUGACAAUUAGCGACCACUUUGAGAAGAUUCCAUGUAAAAUUAUGUUGCUUUGCUAUGAUAAAGAUUGCAAGGAAUUUGGGUCACAGAACAUGGAAUUUGUUUUUGCUGAUGAUUUGUUUCCUGAGAACCUUCCUGUAGAGGAGAGGACAAAGCACUGGAUGCACAUGUUUUCACUUUUUAGUUCUCAACAUGAAAAAGCUCUGCUUACUAUUUUGACUCAAAAGAGAAGGCUACAAAAUGAAAUGAAAAAUUAUCUGGCUAUGAGGAAGAAAUUGAAGGGAGUUGGUUCUGAAGACCUACAUAAGAAGAUUGAAGAUAUUCUUGCAGAAAUGGCUGAAUCCUUCCCGGAUUGUCACAAGGCUAAAGAGGGCCUUCGCAGUUUAAACUUGAGUAAAGAUAAUAAGUUGUUUAAAUCAAUUGAACAACUAUUGGAGAAACAGACUUUCAUAGUUAGACAAGCCAACCAAGAUGUUCUGCUGGGAAUGAUUGGAGACAACCAUCCGUAUCACGAAUUUCUGCAAUCAAUCUUCUCCAGAUGUUCAAAUAACAUUUUCAGCUCAGAGCAUGUCCAGUAUAUCUUAGAUUUUCUGUUGAAUAACCAAAGUGGAAAUAAUCACUUGGAGGAUUCUUCUGUGGAUCUUCUUCUGGUUAUUGUCAGAAUUUUCCCUACAAUGCUGAAAGGCUUGGAAAUGCAGUUUCAAAUGUUAUUGGAACAGAAAAGUACUGUUAAUGACAAGCUGAUUGAGAUUAUAGCAAAGGCAGGAGCUCAUGUUUCAUUUAAUAUUAGUGAUAUUUAUCCAUUUCUUAAGAAAAUGUGCUUGGAUGGAACUCGCACACAGGCCAAAUUUUCAGUCUCUGCAAUAGCUGCCAUAACUACUGAGCAAUCAGUUUUCUUAAAUUUAUACGAGGCGUUGAUUGAUCCUUUGUAUAGCCAGUGGAAUGUCCCGACAGUUUUGCAGUCCCUGGGUUGUAUUGCACAACACUCUGUUUUGACUUUUGAAACUAGAGGCGAAGAGAUCACAUCAUAUAUAAGCCAAAAGAUUAUUCAAAUGGAGCACUUGGAUGAUGGUGAUAGUGUGACAUGCUUAGCUAAUACUGCUCGAUGUUGCGAAUCUUGUCAAUUAAAGAUUUAUGGACUUAAAACCCUGGUAAAGAGUUAUUUACCUUAUCAAGCAGGCCAUAUCAAACGCAAUAUUAAGUUUUUGUUGGAUAUUUUGUCAACAAUGCUAUACAACAAUUUUGAUAUGACUGAUACAGGCUCAUGCGAAAAUGACAUGUCUCGUAUCAGAUUAGCUGCAGCAAAGGCAGUUCUUCGGCUUUCUAGGAAGUGGGAUUUGCAUAUUACUCCAGAAAUUUUUCGCUGUACUAUUUUGAUUGGAAAGGACUCCUCGCCUUUUGUUAGGAGAACAUUUCUUGCCAAAAUCCACAAGUUGUUGAAGGAGCGUAAACUACCUAUUAGAUUCACGUGUGCAUUUGCAUUUGGAGUGACAGAUGGCAUUGAGGAUGUCCGAUAUCAUAGCUAUAAAUAUAUUGCAGAAUUUAUUAAGGAUUAUGGUCUUGUCACUCGUAAACAACAAAGUUCUGCUGCGCAUGGAGCAGUUGCACAUCCUGCAUACAUGGUCGUCUAUUUGAUUCAUGUCCUUGCUCAGAAUAGUGACUUUCCACUGGAAGGUUGUCGGAAUGAAAAAUUAUAUGCUGACUUUUGUAGUCCGCUCUUCUUUGUCCUGCAGGCAUUUACCAAUGCCAGUAUAGUUGAUGGUGACCUGGAUAUUGUAAAUGAUGCUGUCUUGCAUCUAUUUAGUAUUUUUCGGGCAAUCAGAAAAGCUGAAGAUGCCAUUGAUCCCCAGACCACUACUAAGCUGCACAUUCUAGCUGAAUUUGGGAUGUUUGCUUUAAAUGCAAUUAAUCGUGGUGCAAUAUCAGUAUCACAAGCUCCUGGGCAGAUUUUGCUUCCUUCCUCAUUUUAUAAAUUACAGGGCAAUUCAAAAUGUUCAGAGUCAUUUUGCGAGGAAGGUUUUCUAUGUAGUCUCUUUGCCACACUUAAACGUUGUACCCCUCAGGCAUUUGCUCAGAAGCCACUUACUAAGCUUGGUCGCAAGGGGCAAGAGGCUUUCCCCAAGUCUAAUACCAAAAUUUCCAGGGUUCUAGAUUUGACAGCUAGCAAAAUGGACAAUUUAUCAGUGAGAGCAAUAACAAAUGCUAAAUCUGUGAGGCAAGAUUCACCCCCACGGAAAAGGAGUAAACAUGUGCUUUCUUCUAAUUGUGGAUCAACUGGUUUGCAUGAAUCAAUGGAGAAGCAAAACAAAAUUGCAACCAAAAACUGUGAAAAGACUUCAGGGACAAACAUGCUCUUGCCUUGUGAUUCUAUGAGCGGGAAGGGUUGUCAGCCAGAAUUACAUUUGGUAUCCCGAAGAUCUAAAAGAGCUGCUGCUUGUACAUUAGAAAUUGUUCCUGCAAGUUGCAAACAUACUGUUCAACAUUUCAAAUGCCCUGAAACCCACCUCAAAGAUUCCUGUGGCGUAAAGAAGCAAGAUAUACUGGCAGAUGUUUCAAAUAAAAAGAGUUUCUCCCAGUGCAGCAUUGCAGUGGUGGUUGGAUCAAAGAGAAAAGGACAGAUUUAGAGAGAGCAUGGUGAGAUGAGCACUGAGGAAGCAGCAGCAGUAGGCCGCACAAAGCCAGGGAUAAGAAUGGAAAUGCUGAUAAUGCAGAAGAUGACAAGUGAUGUGAUGAAGAGAACAAUACCAGAUCUGCAAAGAGGACAGGCUCAAAUAUGAUGGUGUGAUCACUGAUUAGUGGCGGAAAGCCAAGGCUAGUGGACUGGGUUGGGUGGCACUGAAGAAGAGAAGUCCAAUGGUGUGUUCACUGAUUGGUGAUGGCGACAGUUCGGGAAUAGUAUGGACGGGCAUGGCAGUGGAAGAAAAUAUCCAUGGAUACUGGUGAUAUGCUGGCAUGCUGCCAGAAGAGAUGCACAACAAAGAGGACGAAGGUUUUUAGCUCUGUUUUAGCACUCAACUGAGAACGUUGAGAACUGGUGACAGCGGAAGGAUCUCAGUGAGUUUAAGGAGGAUAUCAUGGUUUUGAUACGAUGCUAAUAUCCAUGAUUAACUAGGAAAAUAAUAAAGAAUAACUCAUCAAAUGAGGGAGAAUAUAUUAUUCUUAUGUGAUAUGUAACAUGAGAGGAAUAGCUUCUAUUUAUAAAAAAAAAAAAAGUCUUGUCCCACUAGGUGUGGUCGACUACAUGGAUCAAAUGAUAUUAUUGGGUUCUAUUAUGUAUCAUGUCUGCAAAGAGACUGUUUACAGGUAGAUCUCGUUUGACCACUUCAUGGAUAGUUUUCUGAGGUCUUUCUUUGUCUUUUAUACUUUGUCCAUUUUCCAUCUCAUCUACUCUUUUGAAUAGGUGUUUUGUUAGUUUUCUUCUCACAUGUUCAAACCACCUAAGAUGCGAUUCUACCAUCUUUUCCACAAUAAGUGCUAUUCCAAUUUUUUUAUAUUUUCGUUCUUUAUUCUAUCCAAU